GAUUAAUAUCUACGUGACUGUAAUACAGCGUCAGUCUUCGGAUAUCACACUUAAGCAUUGAAAUUCAAUACUUUCCACCGUAUCACCGGUUGAAAUUUACCUUAGAAACUCACUUCAAGUCCCUAGUUCAGCGACUAACUAAAGUAAGAAAAGAACUGGACUCCACGUCACAUUCACUCUCUUUCACACUCCUUCCUUAGACCUGUUCUCUGCAAUUUUGACCAACAACAUCAAACCCUAGCCAGCGAGCUUUGCCACUUUUAGUCCCUAGGCUCAUUGGGCCUGAAUCAUCCACGAUGGCCCCCGAACUAAGCACGUUCGAGGCACGGAGGAGAGCAAACGUGGUGAACAAUGCCAAGCUGUUAAAGGACUCGGCCGAAGUCGCAGCCAAAAUGCGCAGGGCCGCAGCUCCACCCCCGAGGGCGGCUUCUGCUUCCAAGAAGAGGAAAGCUGCCGAACCAGCUCCUCGCACAAGAGUGAUGCCUACCCGUCAAAGCGCGAGAUUGGCGGGAGCAGGUUCGGAUACCAACGGAGAUGGUCUCGAACUAAAGGAUAUCCCCGCCGAGUUGAAGCCACCCGAGCCCAAGCGCAUUCGCACAAGUGGCGACUUGCAACUCACAAACCUUCAAGUCGAAGGGCAGAGAUGGUCAAGCACCGGAGCGUUGGCUUCAUUUGUCCAGGGCGCUCGACCCGGUGUUCGGACCUUCACGGAAGAUGAUAUCAAGGAUACCUCGGAUAGCAAGUUAAAGGACUUAAGAAAGGAGAUGAGCGACCUCAAGCUGUACGAUGGCUGGGUACCUAACGAUAUCAAGAUUACCCCUGAACGUGUCUAUGCUCUCACAUUUCAUCCUAUUCAGGAUAAACCAAUCAUCUUGGCAGGUGACAAGAAGGGUACAUUAGGAUUUUUCGAUGCGUCACAAGAGACGCCUGCCCAGCCAGACGAAGAUGACGAGGACGAGAAUGUGAAGAUCCCUCUUCCCCAAGUUGGUGCCUUCGAAGUGCAUAGUAGGACCAUCUCGUCCAUAAAAAUACCCAUGUUCGAUCCGAAUUCGGUGCUUACCAGCUCCUAUGACUCCUCAAUACGUUGUCUAGAUCUGCAGUCCCAGGUCAGCAGGCAAUUAUGGGAACCCGAAGACGACUCCGUAGACGUGGGCAUUUCGUGUAUCGAUGUAUCACCCGAAACCAAAGAUGUCAUCCUUUUUUCGACGUUAGAUGGGUAUAUAGGAAGGUUAGACAGACGCUCGAAGGAGAAGGCAGAUAUGUGGAGUUUGUCCGACAAUAAGAUCGGUGGCUUUUCCCUAAACCCGUUACUACCCCAUCUCAUAGCAACGGCAUCCCUCGACCGGACUUUGAAGAUAUGGGAUCUGAGAAUGAUCAAGGGAAAAGGUGAACUUCGCCACCCAUCGUUGCUUGGCGAGCACCAAUCACGAUUAUCGGUCUCGCAUGCUUCCUGGAGUCGUGGUGGAUACUUAGCAACAUCGUCCUAUGACGACACGGUCAAGGUGUACGACAUGUCAGAUUCUAUGAAAUGGAAGCCUGGCCACGAUCUGUCCGAUAAACAGAUGACGCCGACGCAUUCGAUCCCACAUAACAAUCAAACUGGCCGCUGGGUGACGAUUCUCAAGCCGCAAUGGCAGACCAAACCAGCGGACGGCGUAGAGAAGUUUGCCAUCGCGAACAUGAACCGGUUCGUGGAUAUUUAUGAUAGCGAGGGGAAGCAGCUGGGACAGCUGGAUGGUGAGGGUAUUACCGCCGUGCCUGCUGUUGCGGAAUUCCAUCCUACGUUGAAUUGGCUGGCUGGCGGAACUGGUAGUGGAAAGCUGUGUCUCUGGAUGUAAGAAAGGUGGCGGAAAUGGAUCAGAUUAGAGGGAAUCAAAUGCAUUCAUCGCUCUGGAGGACUAUGGGCUAUAAAAGGUAACCUGAUCGCGACACUCGUAUAUACCUAAUUAUGGGCUCGCAAUAGGAGUUUCGGCGUUGACGUGACUAGCAAAAGGUUUGGGGACGGCCACCUAGUUUAAUAUCAUGUUCCAACAAUACCUACCUAGGUACACAAACCUCGUUUUAUUGAUAUUUAACCCGUUACCUAUACGAGCUUGAUUUCCUGCCGUUCGAUGUCCUCCCAAAACUUCCUCCCUCCUAGGCCCUUAUUUUCAGAAUAGAAAAGUCCGACCUUCUCAAAUCCUCCCCCGUCAUCUGCUUCCAUA